AUCUCAACUGCUUCCCUCAUCUCUCCUUCCACUCCAGAGCAGCGUGAGGUUAUACGUGCUACAGCUUCGCUUCUUUGCAAAGAAUUACGGAAAUCACCGGCGCAUCUUGUACGUAGUGUUCCACAGAAGGAGUGGGCGGAAGUAGAGGUGCACAUGCAACCCUUAAUCAGGCUUGAACGUGUUUGGGGGAAGAGUGGCGGUGCCAGUGCCAGUUCUAGCCAGGUUGCUGGGGGUGACGGCUCCAUGGUGCUUAGCUCAGCUGGGGAGGAAAGAGAAAGGAGGCUCUUCUGCGAGGCCCCUUCGAGAUGGCGUUGUUCUCUGCCAGUAAGCCUUGACAGUUACUCCGACUGGUGUGCUGUUUAA